UGGGGAGACCCCGUUCCCUGCUAGGGCUAGAUCCUCCCCCGGGGCUGGGUGUCCCCCUCAAUUGCCACCCAUCCCUACUGGGGGCUGGAGGCUGCCCGUUUCCUUCCGCCUCCCCUCCUGCGGCGGGGGCGGUGUCCCCCGCGGCUCGGUGCGGGUUGAGGACUAUGAAGAUUAACCAGAACACAGUCUUACAGGGGAAGAAGGUGACCCUGGUACCAUACACCUCUGCUCAUGUAGCCCGGUACCAUGAGUGGAUGAAAUCGGAGGAGCUACAGCGACUGACCGCAUCCGAGCCAUUGAGCCUGGAGCAGGAGUAUGAGAUGCAACGCAGCUGGCAGGAGGAUGCAGAUAAAUGCACAUUUAUUGUACUGGACACUGAGAGGUGGUCUGGGCACGCAGGUACCGAGGAGGAUUGCAUGGUGGGGGAUGUGAACCUGUUCCUCACAGAUAUGGAGGAUCCAACAGUGGGAGAGAUUGAAGUCAUGAUUGCAGAGCCCAGCUGCCGUGGCCAAGGGUUUGGCAAGGAGACAACUCUGAUCAUGAUGUUUUAUGGAGUAACAAAGCUGGGAAUUACCAAAUUUGAGGCUAAGGUCGGACAGGAAAAUGAAGCUAGUAUCUCCAUGUUCAAAAAGCUUCAUUUUAAGGAGGUUGCCGUGAACAGGGUCUUCCAGGAGGUGACAUUGAAACUGGAUGUGAAUGAGCAGCAGAGACAGUGGCUCCUGGAGCAAACUAACCAUGUGGAGGAGAAAAAGUAUAGUGCAUUGAACCUACAGACCCGUGCCUCUGAGACCUGACACCUCUUCCAGAGGCAGGCAGUCCACACCCCUGCUAAGUCUCCAGGGAGGAAGGGUUUGACAACAUUACUGAAUGCAAGUAUGGAAAACACCUUGGUCCCAAGAGUGACUCAGCCAACAAACUGCUUUGUUAUUACUCCACAUACCUCGUGUACAACCUGUGAAAUGCUGAUCUUCCACUGCAAUCGCGACAGAGCAUCUACAGCGGCAUUCCUCUGAAAUAGUGCCUGGAAGCUGGCAUGAAUGAACAGAUGCUAACAGGUUAAGCAUAGACGUACAUCUUGACUGGGAAUGGCCCUUUUAGCCACAAAGCUCCCUCUGUCCUGUUCUAGGAAGGAACUGUCUACACCUCCAGGGCCUAUAAACUUUAGUGAAUUGACCAGCAAUGCUGUCAGUCUGUGGAUGAGCAGAGUAGAUUGGGUUCCUAGCUAAAACCCCACCAUCCUUAGCAGAGUUCCUAGUGUCACAAAUGAAGUCUGAGCCACAGGAGACUCUGGCCUGCUUUGUCACACAAACUGACACGUACAAUGUGACAACAUGAUCUGGUACGUAAAGUAGCUCGGUUGCCAUCCUUGGCUGGUAAAGUCGUGGUUACAAGAUUUAAAAAAAAAAAAUAAAGUACGUAAGACUUAAACCAGUGGGGCUGUCCAUGGAUCUGCUAGACAAGUUGUUACUAUUCCAGGUACUGCAGGCACCAGGCUUUCCCCUCCUGGCCUCUGUGCUUAGUCCUGGGGUGCCACCAUUGGCGGCUGCCCCGCCAUCCACCUGUGCAUGCUGAAACCCAUUGUGUAGCUUGUGCUCACAGUAACCAAGAACUGUGACAGCUUAAUAGGAGAGGCCGAGACAACUAAGAUGUGAGAGGGGUUGAGUGCCCUCCUCUCCCACUGAAGUGAAUUUGAGUUGUGGGUACUUGAUAAGGGACACCUGGCUGAUUUCCCUUGAGCCAGCAAUGGUAACCUACAACAUUUCUAAAAGGUUAGGAACUAAUGUGCUAAACUGCCAGCAUGUAAAAAGAGGGCAAUCAAAGAGGAUGGAAUCAGAGUACUAAAUUACCUCUGUGCAUCAGACUUCACCAGAGGAUGAUUUUGGAUGGGUAGAAAUGCCUGUCUCAGUGCUGCUUGGUACAGGUACUGAAAAAGGGCCACUGCUGUGUCAGGGAAUCCAUAAAAAGGUGAGUGAGGAAAUUAAAUUGCACAGAGGAUGUAAAGAAUAAAGCAGCUGAUCUGCUACGAUGCUUAUUUAAAACCAUCUACAUUACAAGACAACUGGAGAAUGGCUAACCUGGAACCCAGCCUCUAAGCGAGCAAUAAAUAAAACCUGUGGAACUGA